UUAUUAGAAGUGUCAUAGUCUUUUACUCUAAUGUUCUUAAAAUAAAAAUCAAGCAAGCCUAGCAGAGAGAGAAGAGCGUUUGAGAGACGUCAGAUAGCUUUUCAAGCUCCCACUUUCGUCUUCUCUCACUCUGCCACUUCUCUUCUCCCUGCUUGAGAUAGCACUCAUCUUCCAGAAUUAGGGCUUUUUCAUUCAUCUCAAACAUGAACAAACUAGGAAGAGGACAUCGUGAGAAACUCCAGCAGUUUAUGGCAAUUACCGGUGUUAGUGAGAAAGUUGCUCAUCAGGCACUGAAGGCUGGUGACGGGCAUCUAGAAGGAGCACUUGAUAUUUACUACAGUCAGCCUCAGAUUAAGCCAUUUACUGAUUCUAGGCAUUUGGAGGAGCUUUUUAACCGAUAUAGAGAUCCGGAUUAUGACAUGAUUAUGGCUGAUGGUAUAUCAAGCCUCUGCACUGAUCUUCAGGUCGAUCCUCAAGAUAUUGUCAUGUUGGUCAUCUCCUGGCAUAUGAAGGCUGCAACGAUGUGUGAAUAUUCAAAGCAGGAGUUUAUUGGUGGAUUGCAAUCACUAGGCAGAAUUGACUCUUUGGAGAAGUUUAGGGAAAAAAUACCAUACAUUCGUUCUGAGCUGAAAGAUGAUCAAAAGUUUCGUGAUAUAUACAUCUUUGCGUUUGGGUGGGCUAAGGAAAAGGGUCAAAAGUCUCUGGCGUUGGAUACAGCAAUUGGGAUGUGGCAACUACUAUUUGCUGAGAAACAUUGGCCUUUAAUUGAUCACUGGUGUGAGUUUUUGCAGGCCCGGCAUAACAAGGCAAUUUCGAGAGACACCUGGGCUCAACUGCUGGAGUUUGUAAGAGUAGUAGAUCCACAAUUAUCAAAUUAUGACGCUGAGGGUGCUUGGCCAUAUCUUAUCGAUGAAUUUGUUGAAUAUUUGUAUGAGAAUGGCGUCAUCCAGAGAGGUUAAUGAUGGAAAUUAGAAAGUGAUUGGUUAGUUAGAAAGAUUUCUUUGGGGCAGUAUUAUUGUUUCUUCAGAAUUAUUUGAACAAUUGAACACUAGUGCUCCAUUACAUUCUUAGCAGGUAUUUCAACUGUGGAUGAAAAUAGAAAGUUGGGAAAAUGAGCAUUGGCUUUUGCUUGGAAGUGCGUCGUCUUGUGUUCAUAUGGUGUCUUUAUUUUGUACUCAUACCAUUGCCAAAUUCAAAUUUUAUUGUCUUGAAUCUAUUGCAAUGUUGAAUUGAAAGUCUCAUUUUCUGUAUCUUGAUUAGAGUUCUUUGUCAGAUGUUUGUGGUUGAGCUGUGAUAAACCGUAGCUGGUUAUGGGCCACCGAAGUAUAAUACUUCGUAGUAAAUUUCAUCUAAUAAAUUUUCUGAUAA